GACUGAUUUCGUCCUUAUGCCUUUUUUUUGGAACUCUGAAUGAAUCUGCCUGCAACCCCCUGGUUAACGAUUGGGUGGGUUGUUUUGUCUGUUGUUGUUGAAGGCACAGCAGCGGUGGUGAUGGGAACAGUGAGCUAUUUAUAGUGCUGCUAAAGCUAAAGUUUAGAGACAAUGGGAGUGGAGAUGGAGGCGAAGAAGCGAAGGCGCUCAAGACUCGUUGUCGUUGUGGAUAUCAAUCCCAUACUCGGAAAAGCAAACUGGGGACAACGAUGCCGACAGGUUGUGGGCGUUCAGAUGUGUGUGAACAAGAUACUGGCCUCCUUUCGAGGUCUGUCUCCUUCUUCCGCAGGUGCAACAGGCUUUCAAUGGGGCUUCAAGUUCAUAGACACCUCGCUCACGUCCAUGGCAUCUCAGCGCAGCAUUCAGCGCCGUGUUGACACGUGGCGAGCAACUUGUGGCUGGAGCGGUGGUGGUGGUGGUGGUGGUAGUGGUCACUCGCUGAGACCAGAUGUCCUGCGGCAGUCCUUCCGUCUGGCAGAUGCCUCAUCAUACGAGGCCUUCUGCUCUGUGCUUGACCUUCUCAUUGGGCAGUGCAGUGGGAGCGAGUACGGCAGUAAUGACCGGUCAGGUGUGGAUGCGCCCUCGUCCUAUGUGACACGUGGCAGAUCCAUUGCGCGCGCGUUGUCUGAGGUAAUCAGUGAUUUCUCAUGGGAGACAGUGGGGUUGGAAGAAGAGAAUGAGGAAGGAGAUGAGGAAGAAGAAGAGGAAUCGGAGGGUGAAGAGGGAGGACGAUGGGAGGAUGGGGAGGAGGCGGUGACAGGAAGAGCCGGCGACGAUAAGGAUCAGGAUAAGGUGAGACGAAGCUGGCAGGGGGGAGGCUACAACGACUGUGUGUCUAGGUACAAUGACUGUGUGUCUAACUCUGUUUUGUCGAAUGAUGAUGACAUGGAGGCUGGCUGCACGCAGAGCCAUGCAACAGGUGCUGCUGCUAACAAGGGUGGGCAGCGACGAAGACGAAGCGGACAAGGGAUAUGUUCAGCCGGGAAUUACAUCGUGCUGUUCAGCGCCGCACCUAUUGACACUGUCGACGAAGUGGCAUCGUUUGUGGGGAUGCCGGCGCAGCAGUAUGAGGCUGAUUCCCCCUGGAACGAGGUCCAGCGAAGCUUAUCCGCCGGUGGGAAAUUGGGUCCAUCGCUGUUAGACCUCUGCCAAGAGCCAUUCACGCCUCUGAAGGGGCAGUUCGAUCUCCAACGAGUGCGGCUCUGCUGGGUGGAUGUGUUGCAGUCAUCGUCAGGGAACAAUAGCAGCAGCUUUCCGAGCGUGUGCGACAAACAACGUUUCGCAACGGCGCCAUCGACGUCCUACGUGGCAGCACACGUGGCAAUUGCUUGCUUACGUGGCAGCGUUAUGCCCCUUGACCUCUUGGUAGGAGGGGCAUCGAUCAUACCCUUCUCUACCCUUUUCUUCUCUCUCGCGCGAAAAGGGUGUCCUUGGGAACGACAAGGGGGAAAAAGGGGGGGAGUCCAUGAUACCGAUGUGCAGAACGCUGUGCGGCGGCCACGUGGCCACCGGGGGUGUGUAGAUGAAGAAGGGUCAACAACCCUGGUCCUUCUCAGUCUUCCGAACCCCUACAUAGCUCUCCCUUCACAAGGGGGGGAGAGAGGGAAGACGGGAGGAACAACGUACUCUCUCUGCUUCUUGGAGCUUGUCCCUUGUCUAAAAAUAGCAUCAUCCAGUCAUCGUAGGCGAACUGCUGAGGGAGGUCGGGGGGAAUCGCCUCAGCCACAAGCGGAUCGGGCCCAGAGCCCUCUGCUCCUCCCAUCCACCCCCUCGUCCGCUACGGCGCACGGUGUGGCCGUCAUCGAUCAGUUGCUGUUGGGAUCCCGACUUAUCCUGAUGAAUGUUCGGUGCUUGCUGAGAAGGUCGCUUCUCCUUCCAGCCUGGCUGGUGGCCGACCGACAGUACAUCGUUACGAGCACACAUGUGAGGCGUGUGAAGGUGGCGCCUGAUGACGACGGACACGUGGGAGGCGGCACUCCGGGCUGUUGUGGCCACGUGGGGUGCUGUCCUAUCAACGGAGUGACGACGGGGAACAAUGACUGCAGGAAAGCGGGGGCGAGGAAAGAUGCAGAGAAGGCGGAGCAAAGGUUCCGCAGGUUCCUCCUGUGUCUGAGCAAGAGAAUGGCUGUGGCAGUUGUGGACUUUGGGGACGAAAGCGGCGUAGUAAUCAGCGGUGUGCUGGAGCCAAUCACCCCCUCGGUCGGGAUUCUAACGCUCCUGGCCGAUGAUGUGAGCUUGGACGCAACGAAAGUGAUGGAGAGGAAAAUGCCUUUUCCUUUGUGCAAUAGCGUCGCGGACAAGGAGGAGGGAGGGACUGGGAGAGAGAGGUGCUGCCGCAACCGUCUUCCUCCGGAUCCUUUGGCCAUGGAGUCGCUGCAGCCUGGUAAACCUGUACUAAAUGGAGAUGGAAAUAAUACUCGCCACCACCACCACCACCUUUCUCCCAGCGAUGGGGAGAGAGCAGAUGGUGCUGGAAGAUGUGGAGGAAUGGCAGGAUUGUGCAGUGUUGACAAUGGAAAUGGAGGUUGUGGAAAUCAGAGGGGCCCCUCUACGAAACGAACAUGGGGGACGAUGAUGGCAGAGGGCGAUCUAGGGGAGGAAGGAGGAGAAUGGGGAGGUGCCACCACUUUUUCUGGGUGCGGGAGUGAUCGCCUGCUGCGAGUUGUGGACCGAGGACUGCCACCUGCCAAGAGAAGGAUGAGCGAUGGACUGGCCUCUGAGGACAGAGGACAGUGCCCUGCCUCUGUGGGUCUGCUGAGGGAGACGACACCUGCACCAGCGAGGAAAAGUGGCAGAGCCCACAGGUUCCCAUUCUGCUGCUCUGGUCCUGAAGAUGAUCACGAUCACGAUCACGAUCACGGCUUGCUGCACUGCCUUCAGAGAGACAGAUGCACAAUGCACGUGGAACAGUUUUCCAAAGAUCCUGAUCGUGUAUGGCUCCGGUACGUGUACCUGCCACCCCUGUACUCGGUGAAAGGGGCUGUGGCAGGUUGGGAUCGGGAACGCCUGCAGGCUGGUGUAGCAGCAGGAGAUCGAGGAGAGAAGCAGGCAUUCCCAGAUUUGGUGGACGGGCACGCGAAGACAGGAACCAGGGCACUAACUCCCUUGACUUCGCCGAACAACAUUCGAGGGGAAGGAAGGUGCGCCUUGGCGUCCUUGACGGCGCAGGGGAGAUAUGUUGGUGACAGCGGAAGGCAAGCGCAAGCCGGGGGGGGGGUGGAUGACAGGGCAGGAGUGCCGAGGGAGGUUUCUCCUAGACAAGAAAACCGAAAAGAUGGAGAGAGGAAUGGAGGAGGGCACUGCGGCAGAGUGGUGGGUUCUUUGUUGCCCCUAGUAGAGGCCAAGUCUGUGCGUGUUAACGGGGCAAGGACGGGUGUUCCUUCUGCAGGCCUGGGGAGGCAGGUUGUCGGAGGAGCAGUAGAAGGGAAUGGAGGAAAAGGGGAGGAAGGAGGAACAGGUAAAAGCGUCAAGGGGAACAAGACCGGCGAUGUGGUGGCAAACUCUUACUCUCUGAGUGCACUGUCCAAGAGGGGGAAAGGGGGUACACAUCAUCUGGAACCGUGGUACCUGCAAAAGUCACGCCUGAAUUUGAAGAUGAGAAAAGGGGUCAGGUAUUGGUUGGGCUUGCAUGUGAAAGAGGCCAUGAAGAGAGAGGGUGCAGAAAAGAGAUCCGAUGGUGACGGUGGAGGCAGACAUGGUGAAGGUGAUCCCGAGACCACGGGCAAGGGGGGAGGGGUGGAACGGAAGACCUGGUUUGCCGGGGACGAUGGUGAGGGGGACGAGAGAUCGUUCCGACUUGCUGUUGCAUCGCAGCUUGUACAGCUCAAGAAUGAGUGGGGCCAACAGAAGUGGCAAGGUCAGCACAAGACGGAAAGCCAAGAGAAGAGGGCAAAAGUCGUUGACGAUUCGUUGACUGAGAAGGCUGAGGAGAUGGGGAGGGAGAGGGAGAGAUCAGGGAAGCAGCAGCAGCAGCAGCAGCAGCAAACGGAGUGCGACAAAUCCGCUGAGGAGAAAGAUGUGUGUCGACGGGGAACAAAGAGCACGAAGGGAGCGGUGGCAGGGGAUACGUGGGCGGAUUGCAGUGGCUGUGGCAAGGGUGAAGACAGUGGAAGGGGGGACGAUCUCAAAGAGGAGAUUGCGGUGUUGGUGGAGAGCGUGAAUUCUUUUCCUGCCAAAGGGGAGGUAGAGGGUGACGCAGUGGACUUCGCGUCCAUGGUUGUUUCCGAGCUCUUGCGCAUCAUGCCGUUGGUGAUGGCAAAGACUGCAAAGGCAAGCAGUCAUAAUUGUGUUCGGGGAGAGGGAAAAGAAACGGGAGGGAAGCAAGGAGGAGAUGGAGGAGGCAGUGUGUUGCAUGAGGGAGACGGGACGGAAGAAUGUACGGCGCCAAGGAAGGUCCGGCAUGUCAGCAAACAGGAUGAAGAGGUUGGAUUAGGAGAAGACAGAAACCGCUCUGAAAAUGGCAAUUCGGUUGCAGCUGCAAUUGACCGGAGGGCAUUGUUGAAGAGGAUGGCGCGUAUGCUCUUGCUAAAGCCGAAGCAACUUGCGAAGAUGUUCAAGUUUGUCAGCUUGCCCCAAGGACGUACAAAGCUUGGCUUACCGACGGCAACCGUGGAAGAGAAACUGAGAUCUCAUCAGCUGCAGAUCUUCCUGAGGUUGGAGAUGAUGGGGCCUGACAAUGAAAUUCCAGCGAACGACCAGCUGAAGGAAUCAUUGUGGAAAGAGGUGUGUCAACUGCUUCUUCAAAUCCGCCACAAUCUUCCCAAUGAAGAAGACUUGCAGGACUACUGUGACAGGGUGAUUUAUGCCAGGUACGGAGCAUCUCUGGGAGGAACUUUGGAGAAGAUGUACUGGGAGAUGGAGUUUAAGGUCAGCAAUGAUGCAGAUGCUGAGGCGGAGGCCUUGGGAGGGAAUGUAGGCGAUGAUGGUAUGAUGUCAGGGAACGACAAGCAACCAGGACCAGAGAGUUCUAGUAGGGCACGUCAAAGACGUGGGAGAAAUAGACAAGGAGCGAAGUCGGGAAGUGAAGGGGACGUGAACUCUAGUUCGUGGGGUGAUAGAAGAAGCCGGGGAAGGUCGUCCUCCCUGCUGAGGUCGCUGAAAGGUCGCUGCCGCUUGGAGAGAAGAGGGACAGCGAGAGCAUUGGGGUGGAAUGGGAAGAAGGGAGAGAAUGCAGAGAGGGAGAGGAAAAUGUCCCACUUUUAUGUGGCUGAUCAAGACAGGCUGCGUCGUGUCAAGACUGUCAAAAAAAUCAUGUCACGGGUGGGAGAUAAAGGGAGAGAAAAGGGGAGACUGACGCGUGUCAACAUGAGAAGGCGUCAGAAUGGACAUGCAGGCAGAGAGGGUCCACCACAGGAGGUCAGUUCCAGUGCGGAUGUGGUUGCUGCAACACCUGGUCCGUCACGGAGUAGCAGGGAAGUCGUGAGGGGAACGCCGAGCCUAGAGACGGGAACAAGGAGACGGUUUACUCCCAUUUGCAUAGGGAGGAGGAGAAGUGGGUCGUGCAGCAUAGGCAGUGGAAGAGCAAGGAGCUGGGGACGGUCUCGCGGAACACCAAGCGUGAGUGUUCGUGGCACACCUAGCACGGGCACUGGAGGGGUGGUAUCGGGGGAGUGUGUGCAGCAACGGACCGGCUACUGUCGUCCUGGGAUGGGUGUCGAAUCACAAUGCCGGGCUGAGCCAGAACUCUCUAGGGAGACAGCAGAAAGGAGGGCUGCGCUACUGGGUAACGGGAGGUCCGGGGGGCGGAGGGGCCUGCGGCAGAAGUUUCGAGAUGUGACAAUGCGACUGAAAACCCAGCUGGAGAGCAACUCGGUAGGAGCAGCAGACUCUGCCAUGGUUGCUGGCACGUCCACGCCAGGAGCUGUUAAUGGACACGCAGCUGAGCCCGUCGGAGGAAGCCUGAAUCCAAAUGCCGCUGUGACUAAGUCUUCUUCUGAGAAAAGAAUGGCAGCGUCAAUCAUGUGGCCUGUUGGCAUUCCUGGUGAUGAGGAAGAUGAAGAGGACGGAGACGACGAGGGUGUUGCAGUGACGAAAACUCCAUGCAAAACCUUUGGACCGGGUGCAGGUAAUCGUGGCAGUGAUGGACGUAAAGUGGUGAACGUGGCCGUGAUGAACGGCGAUGGUGUUCGCGGGACAGGGACAGGUCAGCAGGCCGGGGGAUUGGAACCGGGCCAGGGCAAGGUGCAGCCGUCCUGUUCUCAGAGGCCAGAAGAAACAAGUUUGCAGCAUCGUGAAGAGGAUGGGGGAGAGCGAGACACCUCCCUCCACAAUGGCUCCACCGAAGUGGUAGGUGGAGUCCAAAACAGCAAGGACUUCGCACGUGAUGCUUCAACAAUGAUGGAAGGAGAAGUAAGAAGACAAGACUCUGCUGAGCAAAAGAACCCGAAUUCAUUCAUAGCUACUGCAGACGCUGGAGAAGAUCGCUCAACUUGUUCCUCUCCUGCUGCUUUAGCAACGGAGUGUGGGAUAAAUUCUUCACCUGGGAAGGAGGUUCUUUUGAAAUCACAGGUAAGCCACCACCACGCGUUCGCGAGAAUAGAGGUGACAGGGAAAGGAGCUCCAGCAGCUCAGGGAAAACUAUUGGAACAUAGUACGAGGGAAGGAGGGGAGACAGGUGCAGGUAAGGCACAAGCAAACUACAACGACGGUAACGACACACUGGUUGGGAAGAAGAGAAAAAGAGGGAGACCAAGGACGAGCGGGCUUGCAGGCGCGGGGGCAUGCGGUGCCAACGAGCACAGGAACCAGGAUUGUCAAACGCUGGCCAAUCAGGAAUCACAGUUGGUUGGCAUCGGAACCGAGGCGGAGAGCGCGAGGAACAAAGCAAAGCGAGGAAGGAAGAAGAUGAGUAGCAUCGCGGUUCAGGGUUCGAACUGCGGCCAUCAGGGUGCGGCAGUGCAGACGGAAAACCCCGGAUUGUCUUCGGCAGAUGUCACCGUUGUGCCGGAAAAGCCAGAUUCGCUGUGCAAGACUGACCAGGGCAAGAACUUUCACUCCACUCCUAAUUUGGAGCCAAGGGAAGGGUUGAGAUCUGCAGAGCGGGACGCAGCGUUGAUCAAUGCGGAUGGUGCAUCCGCAGAGGAGGACGCAGCGGUCGGUGUGACAGAAAACAAAGCUGUGAAGGGGAUUGGGGCUGUCCAUGGAAGGAAGUCGAAGGGCAGCACCCAGAGAAGUGUGUGUGGCACUGCUACUGCAUGCAGAGAGGGAGAAGCAGCGACGAGACCGAAACGAAAAAGGAGGCGAAAUUUGUAGCAUCCUGAAAAAAGUGCGGGAGGGUUUGCGUUCUCGCCAACCUGUCAUAUCGUCUGUGCAAUUGAUAUCUGUGGACAUGCGCACAACUGGGCAGAAGAAGCUCCUUCGGACUCUAUGACUGUUGCUGAACUGCAGCUGUCCAUUUGCGUCAAUGCUGUGAAGCACGGCCAUCCAUUUUGCCAACCCUGUGGAUCACAGCUGUCCAUUUGCGUCCCAGAUCAUGUUGCCUCAUUGGGCAGCGAACGCAGCCCGUGGAUCCUGUAGAAUGGUUAGCGAAUACAGCCCGGCACGUUGUAAUUACCCGUCUUUUUUUUUUUUCUUUUUUUCUUUUUUUUUCAGUUUGUUCAAUUUCUGCUUGUUUGUCGUUUCUCUCACAGCUGUCAGUAGUCUACCUUUCCGUACCGAUUUUAUUUAUCUGUUCUGUGGAAUAGCAAAGACGA